AUGGCGCGGCGGCUCGUGGCGGGGCUCUGCUUGGCCGCCGCGCUGCGCUGCUCCCAGGGCGCUGCAGAGACGGAAACGCUUGUGAUUGGGAUCGCAGGAAGGGAUGUGACUCUGGCGUGCCAGAAUGCAUCACAGCGGGUGCUUGUGGUGGAGUGGUUUCGGGGGGACCCCGACACCACCCCCAUUCUCUUCUCCUCGGAUGGCACGCUCCCAGACGACGCUCGCUUCUCGCUCGUUGGGAACACCUCUCUGCACAUCUCAGGGCUGCGCCUGCAGGAUGAAAGCAACUACACCUGCAAGGAGGUGCUGAACGAGACGGAUCACGUGCACAGGGUCCGGUUGCUUGUGGCCAGUGGCCCUGACACGAUCAAUGUCCAGAUCCAUCCUACCACACCAAUGCCAAACGGCACCCUCUAUGCCAAGAGACAUGGCAUCCUCAACUUCACCUGCACCUCCGUCUCCCGGCCUGUGCCCACAACCAAGUGGGAUUUCUCCCCAUCCGGUUCGCCACAUGAACUAUUCACAGAAGUUAACAGCUCCCAGAACUCCUUCAUCCUGCACCACAUAUCCCCCAGGUACCAAGGGAACUACACCUGUUCAGCGAAGAACCAGCUCAGCGGCGUCCAAGCAACCGUGACCCAAGAACUCCUGGUCUACUAUCCGCCACCAUUCUUACCCCAGUGUUGGGUUCAAUCCUCCACUGAUAACUCCAGAGGGGUGCAGUUGUUCUGCCAGUGGCCCGGGGGUUACCCUCAACCUACCCUCCGCUGGAGAGACACAGAGGACUCGAGCGGCCAGGAAAUCAGCGCUACCAGCCUGGCAGACACCAUCGUGGCGACUCUGAAUGGCUCGCAGCUGCUUCAUGGGAAGGAGUUCACCUGCCACGGAAGCCACAUCUUACAACAGGAGGCAAAGGCAGCCUGCACCGUGCAGUUGGUGGACCCUCUGAUCACAUCUGACCCUGUGAGGAGUUGUUUUGUCGGGCGGGCCGUGACUCUGACCUGCCACUUGACGGCUGGCAAUCCACCCGCCAGAAUCGCCUGGCUGCGGAACAUUUCCCAGCCAGAGACGGAGAUCCGGUCCAGCGGGAGGUUCCGUGUCAGCCAAGAGGGCAACACCUCCACCCUCAUUAUCCAGAACUGCUCCCGCAACUCAGACGAGGGUUACUACGCCUGCAAGGCUGAGAACUCCGUGGGGCUGCGAGAAAUGUACAUCCACCUUACUGUGACUGAACCGGUUAACAUUGGUGGCAUCGUGGGAACUAUAGUGGUCCUUUUGCUACUGGGAAUUCUGGUCUUCUUUGGAGUUUUCUUAUAUGCGGGACAUCGUUUCUGCCCAAAAGGCACCUUGCUCAGGACUCGAGAUUCGAGUGACAUUCUUGUGCUGAUGGAUUCCGAGGAUGAAGAAGUUCCCACAGACGCUGCUGGGGACCCUGCUUGGCACAAAGCGAUGGUGCGAGCAAACGGCCAUGCCACCUGGCCUACGGAAAGCUUCCAUGCAGAGACGCCCAGUGAAAUCUCCCAGGAGGAAAAAGAAGCCGGACCCACAACGUAG